UUCCAUCAUAGUUCCUGUUAGAUUUGGCUUGACUUGUAUCCAAGUCUUUUCAACCACCUUCUCUCUUUUCUAUCUCUUAAUAAAUAGAUGAAUUGAGACUCUUUCACUCUUCUUUCCAUGACCACUCAUUGCUUUAUUUGAAUAUAUCAAAUGCCAAUGUGUUCAUUCUGUGAAAAUGAUACUCUAACAUGUUCUUCUCUAGCAUGCUCCAGCUUAUAAACUAGUACUAGCACAAACCCAUUAAUUUAUUCAAUUUUAUACAAGAAUCUCCAAAGAAACUGGUUAUAGAAAUCAAAAUGGAUAAAGUUGCUCAGAAGAAGUUGGAGGAGACACCAACCUGGGCUGUUGCAGUUGUAUGCUUUGUGAUGCUUGCUAUCUCAAUCAUCAUUGAACAUGGCAUCGAAGCUAUCGAAAAGUGGUUAGAAAAGAGACACAAGAAGGCUCUUCAUGAAGCAGUUGAAAAGAUCAAAGGAGAGCUUAUGCUAAUGGGAUUCAUAUCCUUCCUCCUAACGGUGUUUAAGGAUCCCAUUUCUAAUAUUUGCAUAUCAAAACAAGUUGCAUCCACUUGGCAUCCUUGUCAUCCCGAAGAAAAGAAGAAAGGUCCAGAAGGAUAUUAUGACAAAUGUGCAAAAGAUGGUAAAGAUAAAGUUGCUUUUAUGUCUCAAUAUGGGAUUCACCAGCUCCACAUAUUCAUCUUUGUGCUUGCUAUUUUUCAUAUCCUUCAAUGCAUCACAACACUAGCUCUGGGUAGAACAAGGAUGGCCAUGUGGAAGAAGUGGGAAGAGGAAACAAAGACUCUUGAACAUCAAUUUGACAAUGAUCCUGAGAGGUUCAGAUUUGCAAGGGAUACAACAUUUGGAAGAAGGCACUUGAAUUCAUGGAGUCAAUCACCAAUUUCCUUAUGGAUAGUUAGCUUCUUCAGACAAUUCUAUGGAUCAGUUGAUAAGGUUGACUAUAUGGUAUUGCGGCAUGGAUUUAUCAUUGCCCAUCUUGCACCGGGAAGUGAAUCAAAAUUUGAUUUCCAAAAGUAUAUCAGUAGAUCAGUUGAUGCGGAUUUCAAAGUUGUAGUGGGAAUAAGCCCAACCGUAUGGUUCUUUGCGGUGCUAAUCCUGCUGACUAAUACUCAUGGGUGGCAUUCUUAUUUGUGGCUUCCUUUUAUCCCAUUAAUUAUAAUCUUAUUGGUGGGUACUAAGCUACAAAUGAUCAUAACAAACAUGGGGCUAAAGAUUCAAGAAAGAGGGGAUGUGAUCAAAGGUGCACCUUUGGUUGAGCCAGGAGAUGAUUUGUUCUGGUUCAAUAGACCUCGCCUUAUUCUCUCUUUGAUUCAUCUUGUUCUCUUUCAGAAUGCAUUUCAACUAGCAUUUUUUGCUUGGAGUGCAUGUGACAAUGAUUUCAAGAUAAACUCUUGCUUCCACCGAAGUACUGCAGAUGUUGUCAUCAGACUUACAUUGGGGGUUGUCACCCAAGUUCUAUGCAGCUAUGUGACCCUGCCUCUCUAUGCUCUAGUCACACAGAUGGGUUCAACCAUGAGACCCACCAUUUUCCAUGACAGGGUAGCAACAGCACUAAAGAGUUGGCACCACACAGCUAAAAAGCAUGUCAAGCACAACAGGGAUUCUAAUUCUCAUUCUAACACACCAUUCUCAAGCAGGCCAGCAACCCCAACACAUGGCAUGUCUCCAGUUCACCUGCUUCACAAGCACCACAAUUAUCACAACAGUGAUAGUCCACUAGCUUCUCCAAGAGAGUCACCAUCCAAUUAUGAAACUGAACAAUGGUACCUUGAACCUAAUUCCCCUAGCAACCACACAAGAGGUCAUGAUCAGACCCUGCAGAUGCGGGUCAAGUGCAACUGAAUUUUCUCCUGCUGAAGUCCAUCAUGAAAUCACCCCUAUUGGUUUACCAGAGUUCUCAUUUGACAAGGCACCAACUAGUAGGGAAUAGAUGAUUGUUAAAGGGCUCAUCGCAUUAAAGCUUCCGGUAUGGAAAAGGGUCGAACCUCGAACCACUUGAUUUAUUGUACCUAGUCUUAAGCAUGUUUUUACACAAGUGAAGUUUUCCAGGAUUUAACCCGUGACCCCUGUCACAUAGCAACAAUCUUUUACCGUUGCAGCAAUCUUGCAUGUAUAAUUUUUUUAGACGGUAGUACUUCCACUUCCAUUCCAACGUAAUUUUUUUUCACUCUAAUUAAUAAAGAAUCAUAUUGCCUCAUUGCAA